GCCAUCGCUUAGAUAAAAUCGAUAAUCGGUUAGGGGUCAAGGACCGGGGCCCGUCCGCACAAUUGGACAGCUGACAGAGGUUGGAAGGCCAACCCGGGUCCUGGUCUCUGAGGUCCAAUUAGCCGAUAUCUGUAUUUUCCUCCCGGCAUUUAGAUGCAACCCAAUUCUGUAGGUUUUCAAUGCCCCACAGCGUCAAUAGACCUCAAAAUGCGUCAAAGCCAGGCAACCGAGAAACCCCGUCUGGCUUUCGCGGAGGAGGAUGAGCCAAAUGUAAAUUCUCAAAAUGACAGUCCUUUGGUUUCAACCACGCAAAAACAACGCCAACGUACAAGACUCGAGAAAUACGCCUAUUAUGCGUAUUUCUUCGCUAAUAGCGGCGUAGGCCCAUCGAAUUACACAACUCUGCUUCUCCAAAACCUCAUACACCAGGCGGGGUUUGAUCCAUUCGUUUUCCCACUCGGCAGUCAAGCAUGUGGCGAUGAGGGGCCUUGUCAUGUGUUCUGGGCAGGAGGAACGAAAGAUUAUGCUUCCGUGGUGAAUAUCGGAUCAGGGCUCACUUUUCUGGGCCAAGCAAUCUUUAUGGUUUUACUUGGAGCUACAGCCGACUACGGAUCAUGGUCGCCUUGGAUACUCAGAAGCGCGACUGUCGUGUACAGCGCAUUUCAACUUGGCUUCCUCGGUGUAAAAUCACCUGACGCUUGGGACUCUGCUCUUGCGCUCUACAUUUUUAGCAAUAUCGGAUGGGCCAUAUCCUUCACUUUCUUUGUGGCCAUGUUCCCCAAGAUUGCGGAGGAUCAGCCAGCAGCCGUUGAUGCACUCAACGACAAGAACAACAACUUGAUAUCAGGUGCCGAGUAUACAGCAAAGAUGGAAACAGAGCGCAGCAAAACCAUGAAUCUUAGCUGGGCGUGGAAUAAUGUUGGCGCUAUGGUCAGUUGCUGUCUGAGCUUGGCCACUCUGAAAGGUCUCGACGCCGAUGCCUCAUUAGAAAAUAACAACUGGGGAUACUCCGUGUGUGUCGCUACUUGCGCGGGACUUACUUUGGUAUUUUCCAUACCAUGGUUCUUCCUCCAGAAACCGCGGCCCGGCAAGAAAAUACCUGAUGGCAAUAGUGCCAUCUUGAUGGGCUUGAAGAACUACUGCAAGACUACUGCCACAAUGGCCAUCCAUUUGCCGCAGACCUUCUUCUACAUUCUGGUAUUUUUCUUCCUGAGUGAUGCCAUUACAACGUUGAUGACACAAGUUGCCAUCGCCCAGUCCAGCGUGGUCUCAUUCUCUGCUACUGGCAACACAUACUUCCUCAUAGUGCAGGGUGUCUCGUGGUCCUUCUUUCCGGCGGCCGGAGUCUGGGCGCAGGAGAAGAUGAAAGUCAGAACGAAAACAAUGUUUCAACUUUCGAAUGUUGGCUGCCUCCUCGUCGCAAUCUGGGGUACAGCCGGCGUCUGGACUACGACAGUCGGAUACCACAACGAGUGGGAGAUCUGGGCAUACUCCGCACUUUGUGGAGCAGCUCUUGGUCUUCAGUGGUCAUAUGCCCAAGCUUUCAUGGCGGAAUUAGUGCCUAAAGGCGAAGAGAAUCAGUUUUUUUCAUUACUGGGGGUCGUUUCCAAAGGCGGGUCUUGGAUAGGCCCUAUCGUCUCCAGUGCGCUAAUUGACAGAACUCAAAACACGUGGGUACCAUUUGGCUUCAUUGCUCUAUUGGUCGCUGUAUCAACCAUGCUGAUUUUCUUCGUGGACGAGAACAAGGCCCGAGUUGAUUGCGAUAUGUACUUGGAAAAAAAGAGAACAGCAGUGCGCGAAUAGUUCUGCUUAACUUCACGCAAGUUCAGGAAAAGUAGACGAAAAGAGUAGCACUAGACUCUUCCCAUGGAAUGUAUCCAGGCCCCAUGUAGUAUUUCAUAAGCUCUUAUCACUGCCAAUGCUGCAUACAUUCGAAAGCGCAUUGAGGUUGUACUGUUUAAUUCUAUCAAAGCUGACCUCUGUUGAGAUGCAUGAUUUGUGCAUUUGGUACUACUUCGUGUUCCAAGAUCCGGACCAUUUCAGCCACCAGCUUUUCGACAUGACCAGAACUGGGAUGCAUAUAUGCACAUGCACAUAAUAUGGCGGCGUGGUGAGAUUGCACAGUGCAGGGGUACCUAACAUCUCCAUCAGCUUUCUGGUCCAUGCCGGCUCUUCUUAAGGCCCCAAGAGCCCACCCGGCCUGCGAUCCGUUCCG